CCCGCACGAGAUCAUUUCGCCAGCUCAUACGCCACCGCCCCCCACCUCUCUCCGCUCCGCUCCCGCGUCUCCACCUCCACCUCCUCGUCGUCCUCUUCGCCCCGCCUCUCGCCGCACCCGGGGGAUCGAGCCCGCCGUCGACCCGUCUCAGGCAUACAGGCAAAGAGAAGUCAACAGGGAGGUCGCUAUGCGCCGGUGGUUUUGCUGCACGCAGUUUCAUGCGUCAUACCGUGAACAUGAAAAUGAACUCCCCAUAAGUCCAGAUGAGAAAGAAGGAAAUAGUUUUGCUGCCAAUAGUGAUCCUAUCAAAGCACCACCUCCCAUUGAAGUCCCUGAAUUAUCAUUUGAAGAACUGAAAGAAAAGACUGACAAUUUUGGAUCAAAGGCUUUGAUUGGUGAGGGAUCAUAUGGAAGAGUGUAUUACGCUAUUCUGGACAGUGGAAAACAUGUUUCUGUUAAAAAGCUUGAUGCUUCAACAGACCCUGAACUUGAUAAUGAGUUUCUGACACAGGUAUCCAUUGCCUCAAAGCUAAAACAUGAUAAUUUUGUGGAAAUGCUUGGAUAUUGUGUGGAAGGAAAUCAGCGUUUGGUGGCCUAUGAAUUUGCUACGAUGGGUUCUCUACAUGAUAUUUUGCAUGGAAGAAAGGGUGUACCAGGUGCACAACCUGGCCCAGCACUUGACUGGAUGCAGAGGGUUAAGAUUGCUAUAGAUGCUGCUAAAGGGCUUGAGUAUCUUCAUGAAAAGGUGCAGCCUUCGAUAGUCCACCGGGAUAUACGGUCUAGCAAUGUUCUUCUGUUUGAGGACUACAAAGCGAAAAUUGCAGAUUUCAAUCUUUCAAAUCAGUCUCCAGAUAUGGCUGCUCGUUUGCAUUCUACUCGUGUCCUUGGAACCUUUGGCUACCAUGCUCCCGAGUAUGCCAUGACAGGCCAGCUAACUCAGAAAAGUGAUGUAUAUAGCUUUGGAGUUGUUCUUUUAGAACUUCUAACAGGAAGGAAACCAGUAGAUCAUACGAUGCCUAGAGGUCAGCAGAGUCUGGUUACAUGGGCAACACCUAGAUUGACUGAGGAUACAGUGAAACAAUGUGUAGAUCCAAGAUUAAAGGGAGAGUAUCCUCCAAAGGGAGUUGCCAAGCUUGCAGCGGUGGCGGCACUCUGUGUGCAAUACGAAUCUGAGUUUAGACCCAGCAUGAGCAUCGUUGUCAAGGCACUCUCUCCCCUUCUCCAACAUAAGCCGCAACCGCCACCAGCGGCAGCUCCUGAUGCAAAAGCACCUUCAGGUGCCUGACUUUCUCAGUCCGACAAGAAUGUAAAGAGAUAACCACUUCCUCUUCGGUGCGUUCGCCGGUCUUACAGUACUGCCAUGUGCAUAUGAAGUGACUAGUUCCACACAGAUAACGGCAUUGUGAACUAAUGCAUGUCUUCACCUUUACAUAGGUUGCUACAAACUUGAGGCUUUUCCUUGUCAUUACCGUGUGCUAAGCUGAGUGAUGUGCUGCCUUUCGUUGGCCAGGCGAGGUGUGCUUGGUUGGCCAGCGGUCGUGAUCACCUAAUUACCGUGUUCUGGGUCUAUUCUGUAAAAUGGGAAGGUUCUAACUUCUCAUGCUUUGAUUCCUUUUUGUUUGCAUUGUCUGAUUUUGAGCUGAUCCCCUCCUUUGUACAAUCAGUCUGUGAUUGCGAGGCUUCUGGCGUGCAUGCUUAUGCGUGAGAAUUGA